CUUGGCGGGCGGCCGGGAGCAGGUCUCCCUCAUCAGCACCUCCUUCGUGCUGAAAGGGGACGCGUCUCACAAUCAGGCGAUGGUGCACUGGACGGGCGAGAACAGCAGCGUGAUCCUCAUCCUUACCAAGUAUUAUCAUACUGACAUGGGGAAAGUUCUGGAGAGCUCUUUGUGGAGGUCUUCAGAUUUUGGGACAUUAUACACAAAGUUGAAUCUGCAGCCUGGGAUUGCCACUGUUAUUGACAAUUUCUACAUUUGUUCCACCAACAAAAAGAAGAUAAUUCUUGUAAGUUCUUCCCAUAAUGACCGUGACCAAAGCCUUUUCAUAAGCACAGAUGAAGGAGCCACUUUCCAGAAACAACCCAUUGCUUUCUUUGUGGAAACUCUCCUUUUUCACCCAAAAGAAGAAGAUAAAGUACUUGCUUAUACCAAGGAAGGCAAGAUUUAUGUAUCUAUUGACUUGGGGAAAAAAUGGAAUCUUCUGCAGGAACGAGUUUCUAAAGAUCAUUUCUUUUGGGCUGUUGCUGGAGUUGACGGCGACCUUGAUUUAGUUCAUAUGGAAAUCCAGGACCCCAGUGGAGGUUAUCGCUACAUCACUUGCCAGAUUCAAAAUUGUUCUGAUAAGACAAUGACAGUCCCAUUUGCUGGCAGCACUGAUCGGGAUUCCCUGACUGUGCAGGAUGACUACAUAUUUCUGCAGACAACAUCAGCAAACAGGACCAAGUAUUAUGUGUCGUACCGUCGAAAUGGCUUCGUUCAGAUGAAGCUGCCAAAAUAUGCAUUGCCAAAAGACUUACAGAUAAUCAGCACAGAUGAAAACCAGGUGUUUGUGGCUGUACAGGAGUGGUACCAGACAGACACAUACAACCUGUACCAGUCUGACCCACAAGGUGUUUACUACUCCAUCCUGCUGGAGAAUGUCCGGAGCACGAAGCAGCCAGAAGAGAAUGUCCUGAUAGAUAUUCUGGAGGUCAGAGGUGUAAAAGGAGUCUUUUUGGCCAACCAGAAAAUUGAUGGGAAAGUUACAACCCUGAUAACCUACAACAAAGGCCGUGACUGGGAUUUUCUAAACCCUCCAGACAUCGAUAUGAACGGCAAACCCACCAACUGCAAACCUCCUGAUUGUCACCUCCACCUGCAUCUGCGGUGGGCAGACAACCCCUAUGUGUCAGGCACAGUGCACACCAAGGACACUGCACCAGGGCUCAUCAUGGGGGCAGGUAACCUGGGGUCCCAGCUGGUUGAGUAUAAAGAAGAGAUGUACAUAACAUCUGACUGUGGCAACACGUGGCGUCAGGUCUUUGAAGAAGAGCACCACAUCUUGUACUUGGACCAUGGUGGAGUUAUUGUGGCUAUCAAAGACACCUCUAUUCCUCUGAAAAUACUCAAGUUCAGCAUAGAUGAAGGCCAGACCUGGAGCACACAUAAUUUUACCAGCACUUCUGUCUUUGUAGAUGGACUACUUAGUGAACCUGGAGAUGAGACACUGGUCAUGACAGUCUUUGGACAUAUCAGCUACCGUUCAGACUGGGAACUGGUGAAGGUGGACUUCAGACCGUCCUUCCCCAGGGAGUGCACUGAUGAAGACUAUGAGUCUUGGGAGCUCACAAAUCUGCAGGGUGAUCGUUGCAUCAUGGGCCAGCAGAGAAGCUUUCGGAAGAGGAAGAUUUCAUCUUGGUGCAUUAAAGGGAAAAGUUUCACAUCAGCUCUCACAUCCAAAGUCUGUGAAUGUGUGAACACUGAUUUCUUAUGUGAUUACGGGUUUGAGCGCUCUGCACCUCUGAAGCUGGAGUCCAGCAAAUGCUUUGCUGACUUUUGGUUUAACCCAGAAGCACCUCCUGAAGACUGUGUGUUGGGGCAGGCAUACACCAGCAGCACUGGGUACAGGAAAGUUGUUUCUAAUGUGUGUGAAGGUGGAGUAGACCUGCAGCAGGACUUAGCACACCAUAUGUGUCCAUUGAUUGCUCCCAAGGGACUUCAGAUCAGCAUCAGAGAAGAAAGUCUGGCUGUAAGGCCUGGGGAAGACAUCACCUUCAUUGUCCAACAAGAGCAGGGUGAUGUAUUGAGUACCAAAUACCAGGUAGAUCUUGGGGACGGCUUUAAGGCGAUAUACGUGAACCUGACAAUGACUGGAGAGCCCAUCCGUCACCGCUACGAGAAUCCCGGGAUUUACCGCGUCUCCGUCAAGGCUGAGAACGUGGCUGGGCAUGACGAGGCUGUGGUGUUCGUCCAAGUCAACUCCCCACUCCAGGCUUUAAAUUUAGAAGUGGUUCCAGUCAUUGGGAGAAACCAGGAGGUGAACCUGACAGCCAUCAUCCUGCCUAAGAACCCUAAUUUGACAGUUUUCUACUGGUGGAUAGGAAACAAUCUUCAGCCACUGCUUACAUUGGAGAAUUUUCUGGUGACAAAGUUUGCUGAGACAGGUGAUGUCAGAGUUACAGUGCAAGUUUCCUGUGGGAGCUCUAUGCUUCAGGACUCAAAAGUUGUCCAUGUUUUUGAUCAUUUCCAUGUUCUUCCUCUGAAGUUUUCUAAGGACCUGGACAUGUACAACCCUGACAUACCAGAGUGGAGGGAAGACAUCGGGCGGGUGGUGACGCGACUCCUUGCGAAGGAGACCAGUAUACCUGAAGAAACACUCAUGACAGUUGUGAAACCUGGUCUGCCCACAGCUGCUGACUUGCAUGUGCUACUACCAGCAAAUCAGCCAAAAAAGAAGAGAAGCAUAACAAGUGAUAAGAGAAUAACAGCUAUAAAGCAGGCCCUGAAUGCACACAACAUCAGUUUCUUUCUGAGGGGAGGCUACUGGGUCUUAGUGACUUUAGCUGACUCCAGUUCAGACUCUCAGAGGAUUGGAGGAGGCAGUGGCUACUGGGCUAUUGUGGUUCUCUUUGUUGUUUGUCUAGUUGCUGUUGGGGCUUUCAUCCUCUACAAGUUCAAAAGGAAACUGCCAGGCAGAAAUGUCUACGCCCAGAUGCACAAUGAAAAAGAGCAGGAGAUGACAAGCCCUGUUAAUCACAGUGAGGACACCCAGAACAUCAUCCAGGGUGAGGAGUUUAUUGAUGAUGAUCUGGACUCUCAAACACUAGGUAACGCAAGAGUGACUCCUUCUGGGAGAAGUGGCAACUUGAACAGCUACAGAGUUCCCUUAUUGCUGAUGCCGGUCAGUGUCCAGUCCCAGGCAAUCACUCAGGCGUGGUUUUGAGCAUCAACUCCAGAGAGAUGCACAGUUACCUGGUUAGCUGAUAUUUGCAGCUGAACACAAAACCCGAAAGACUCUUCACUCUACCGUUUUAUUUUUCCCUGGUGAUGUCCCAAAAUUGCAAACAUGGCUGUAAAUGCUGAUGGAGAGGAGAUUUCUUAUCAGUCCUGUGGAAAAAGCAUCCAUCCUCAGUUACCAAGGGCGAAGGAUAACAUGUCUUGUGCUCACUCGAUGGCCUGGGAACUCAUUUCGGGAACUCAUUUCGACUGAAACUCAAACUAUGGUAGCAAAUUUGUAGCCCUAGGCACCUUCAAUGCCACCUUGUUUCUUUUCUGUAUAUGCUCUAUUUCUUUAUGUUUAUUUUUAAAAUGAUUGACUGUAACUUUUUAAUUAUAUUUUUAAUUGAGGUUUUCAGUGGAAGGCUGGGAGUCUUCAGCCUGAAAAGGUGAUUUUUACACAGUGACUAGACCAGAAAAGAUGGUUGAUCACAAUGACAAUUUUUUUAGUAGGCCAAGUGUUUCUGUACUGGGAAAGGACUGAGAGAGAGACAAAUGCACUCCUAGUUGAGACCAGCUCUUAACUUAAACACAUGUGAGACAAUCUAACAAAUUUAGGUUUAGGCCCUUCUGAGGAUUAAAGGAAAUAAAAUGUUAAUUAGGAUUUCUUGUAACAUACAAUAAUACUCUUGUAAGUGUAGCAAGUCCUGAAAAACUAUCAGCAGCAGUAUCUCCCCCCAUCCCAUCCCAUGUGAAAGAAAAACACCAGCUUGAUGCUAUUUCCAGACCAGGUGCCUUCACUUGCAGACAGUCAUUUUAGUUGCUCUUCUUUUUUUUCUCCUGAGUGAGCCCCUCUAGGAUGAUGGCAGCUGCCAGAUGAGUUCUCCUAUUCAACCCUAGGCUGGUGGCCUGUCUCUUUUUAAAUUUGCAGAGAGUGUAAAUACCUCUUUUAAACAGUUUUCUUUGUAUGGUUAUUUUUAAAAAACUUCCUAUAAGGGCAGCUGUGCUGGGUGGGUCAGAGCUCUGCUCUGGGAAGGGCUGGGUAGCACUUCCAUCUCCUUCCCAGGGCAUCCCUGUUUGGGAUUUCCCCUGGCAUUUGCCCUUGCUGGUGGCAGUGGGCAAACCCCAACCUGACCUUUUCCACGGGGGUUGGUUUGACAAUCCAAAGGGUCAUGGGGAUGAUGGGCAGGGAUUUAGGGUUUCCUGAUCCCUUCCCAUCACCAGGGGUCUUUCUCAGUCCUACCACCACUGGCCCCUUUUUCUGCAGGGACAGCAGGGGAAGGGCUUCUGGAGGAGCUGCCUGCAGAAAGGUUUGUGAGUCAGGUCCUUGUUUCCUAAUCCCAGUUUUGUCACUUAGGUCAGAGUUUCCUAGUCCUGACCUCUGCAUGCCUAGGGAAUGGCGAUGCAGUGAAUCCACACUCCUCUUGUCUUUUCUCUGUGGUUUAUUUUAGCCAGGUAGGAAAACAAGUGCGGUGCUGUGUGGUGAGUUUAAAUGUCUGGCAUCCUGUGUGUCACAGCUGCCUGGGAUUAGGAUGCUUCUCUCAGAAACCUUUAUAAUCUCUUCACUUUUUGCCUUUGAUAGAGAAUAAAUAACUCUGUACUCACUGAAUGUCAUACUGAUGCUAGUGACAAGCUCGCACACCACCUUGUUUGAGGAUACAGAUAGUGCAUCAUCCAGAAAUGCAAACAGAAAAUAAUGAAGGCUAGUCAAAUAGAAAAGAACUGUCUUAAAAAAAAAAAAUCAGUGUAUGCAUUGGAAUCAUUCUUCCAUGUAGCUGUGAAUAUAGAGCAUAUUAUCAUCAAAUGCAGCGGAUUGGGAGGUAGUAACUCACUGUAGUACUGUAGGCUCCCAUGAACCCCCAUAGCAUGUAUGAGUAAAGCACAAGAAAAUCUAGAUUAUAAAUUUACUGUAAGGAGCUAGGUGGAGAAGUUAGAGUGAAGAUUCUGAAAAGCACUUGCAAACCGCUCAGGAAAACAAUUACAAAAAUUGUUCUAAGAUUUCUGCCUAUUUAGUUGUACAGUGCCAUGUAAACUUAUUAACAGAGAAGCAAUGCCCUGGCUGACUGUUGUGUGCCAGACUGUGGAAAUCCAAGGUCUUAAAUGUAUCUGAGUCUGGGUGUUUUGAAGAGAGGUGCAUAUACAAAACAUGCUAUAAAUUGGAAACUCUUGGGAUCGUUGCACCAGGGGCUUUCUCUUCUCACCAGCUCUUCUUGCUUUUUCUAGUAGAAAUGAGCUGGAGCAGAGAAUAAAAUAACAUUGUGACCAUCUUACUUGUUCCUGUGAAAUAAAUCUGAAAUAGAUUUUUUGUAUAGGGCAGGUGAGUGACAAACCAGCUUCAUAGACAAGGAAUGGGAUGGAAGCUCCUGCUUGGGGUUGUUCUCACAUGGUGAGUCUGACUGGCAAAGGACUCUGUUGGAACUAGGUCACACAACUAAUUUAUGCUUUAACAGCUACUUUGAUACAUUCAAUUCAGGGUGAUUUGUGUCUCUGAUCACAGGAGUCUUUUGGAACUUAGAAUAUUUAACUGCUUGGUUCUCUAAUUAACACUUAGCACAGUCUAGUACCUGUAAUAAUUUUUUCCAGUGCUUAUUAAUUUGAUUCAUACAGCACUCCUGUGAGGUUGGUUUGUCAUGUCUUAAAAACAGUUUUCUAAAGACAUGUUGGUGUUGCCAUAACUGUAUUAAUAAUACCCAGCAGAUAAUAAAGGAAGCCUUUGAUUUCCUUGCAAGAAUAAUUUUUAAAUGAAUUAUUUUAAAACUGAGAAAGUAUUAUUACCAUUUUCUCAUUCAUGGUGUCUUGGUUUAUCUGUGAAUAAAAAGACUCACUAGUGCUAGUUCUAAAAUCUCUAGAUACAUAUAAAGAAUAAAUAUCUUUUUAUUCUUUAUAUGUAUCUAAAAUCCUGACACAUGAAUAUUCAGAAACACAGAGGUGCUUCUGUGCACAAGUGCUAGUCACACAUGUGUGCAUGCACACAUGCAGUAUUUGUACAUAUUUUAGUUAUCUUUUUUAGUGGGGAAGGGUGAUGUGGUGGCUAAGAAACAGAAGAUGACUGUCAGAUACCUGGAUUCUGUACCCAGACUUUGAGCAAUUUACUUGCCUUGUAUGUGCUCUGGUUUCCCCAACUGUAAAAUGGGACUGAUAGAAAUUACCUACCUCACAGGGGUAUUGUGAGGCUAAAUUCAUAACUGUUUGUUCAGGAUCAUCAGAGCAAAAGAAUUUUGUUACUAUAAAUUAUUAAUGGUUUCACUUUCUUUGUUUCACUUGUAAUUAUCAUUGUUCUUAAAAGUUCUCUCUUGAAACCAGCUGCAAUUAUGUAUAAAUGUAAAAAAUGCAUAAUUCAAAAAAGAUGCAUCACUGGUAAAAAAGAAAAAAAAGUAAUUUUAUUUAAACACUGCUAUUGGAACAUACUGUUAUGUGGUAGCACUGCAACAUUGCCUGUGAAUUUGCUGUUGCGCACUAGUAUUGUGAACUCACUUCUCUGCAUUGUUAUUUGCUCAAAAACCUUAUAAAAAUGGGUACAGUGAUAUUUAUCAGCACUGAUAUUGAGCUAUACUAAAUCUAAACAAACUGGCAAAGUGCUGGCCUCAUUGGCAUAUUUUGGCCUUUUUAAAAUCUGAUGUAUUUGCAAUUUCAGUAACACUCUGUACUUUUCAGAGUGCUCCAAGCAGUAUGAUCCGAAGCAUUCUAACAGAACCAUCAAGAUUUACAGCUGUUGUCUUUGCUUUCGCUUUUGACAUUAAAUGUUUUAUAUGCCAUUGGAACAGCCCAUCCAUAUAAAAUACUCAGAAAUGCUCAGAGGACAUUUAGGGAAAAUGCACACAGUGUUAAUUAAUUUUUCAAUAAUAUAAGCAAUAUAAACCAGUGUAUAUUUUUAUACUCUGUUGAAGAGGGUGGUGGAAAUGGCUGCGAAGAAACAGACGGCCUGAGGCGAGAUGUUGUUGUUAUCCACAAUUCACAUCCAAUUUCUUGGAACUCUUUUAUGAUAUUCUCAUUGAAUUAAAUCCUUCUUGAUGCAUUUUCUUCUUUCAAUGACUGGUGUAAUGAGGAGUGAGCUGUUUAUUCAUAUAAAGUAAAUGAUUUGUUAGCUAACUGUCCUGUAGAGAAAGACAAAUCAUUGCUUUGCCGUUAGUAGUUCCUAGUGCAAAGCAGGUUUCAUCUGACAUGAUUAUCAUGGUUAGCUGUGUUUUCAGUCCAAUGAGACCUUCUCUUAGUGGGAAAACUCUACUACUGUAGGCUGUAUCUUCAAUAGAGAUCAAUAGAAUGGAACUGCAGUAAUUUCCAUCCUCGUUACACAGAUACAUGCUGAAAAAAAAAUGUUGGAGAAAAAGAAAAUCCUUAUAAGUAAUAAAAUACAUGCAGUAGCUUUUUGAUGAUGAACCAGAGGUUCUGAUAAGUUUUGAAUUUCUAGUGUUAUUUCAAGUCAAUGUUUCUAAGUAGAUAUAAUCAAUGACAAUUUCAGUCAUAGAUUUUUUUUCUAUGUUUCCUAUUAAAAAAGUUUUGUAAUUUUUUCAUUAAUGAGACUUCAGGGGAAAAGAGAGACUAAACAUUUUAUUUCAUUGUACAGUUCCUUCCAGUUGGAGUUAUUGUAGUUGUUUUAUUGUAUAUUGAUUGAUACCACUAUAUUGUUUCCAUAUUCAUUUUUAUUUCAGCAUUUUAGAUGAAAGUAAGUGCCCAUUUCUCUCAAAAUAUUGGAUUUCCACCAGGACAAAAUUUAUAAGCAUUUACCCUUAUAAAUCUUGAUUUUUGAGAUAUAAAAUUUUGUUUUGUCUUUUAAGUCCAUCCAAAAAGCUUCCUCCUGGCUCAUUUUCUCUGUUUUAGUCCCAGUUGCACACUGCUUCUACAACUUUCUUCAAGAGACUGGCACAUAGCCAGAACUAGUCUGAGAAAGCCUAAAACUUUCAUUAGAAUGGCAUUUAAUUGACUAUAAGUGAGGUAUGCUCAGACAAUCAUCUUAAUGUUAAGUUUGUAUUUUCAUGUUCUCUAUUUCCUUUCAAUUUCUUAGCAUUUGCCCUCUCAGUGCCAUUUAACUGCAUUUUUAUUCCUGUAAUGUUUUUGACUUAUUUUUAGACUAUAAUCAUCAAAGUGACAAAUAAGUCAGACCCCUGGUUAGCUUUUGCAAUUAAUAGCCUAACCCUGCAGUCUUUGGGAAAUGUCAAGCUGUGGUCUCUCAUAUUUGUAUUCUUCUGUGCCAAGCCAGCCCUUGUCCCCAGCUGAUGAUAGAUAGCCUAGAACAGCCCAUUUCCCAAAUCUGGAUGGGAAUGUCGUGCAGAAAAAGUUGCUAUUUGUUCCUUCUUUUCAAGUGUAUUGCAGAAGCAGAGAGGGUUAUUGGGAUAAGAAGAGCCUGUAAUGGUACUUCAGGCUGCUCUGGAGGGUAAAGAAUGCAUCCUCUUGGAAUAUUUUUCCAUUGAAAUAGAUAUGUACAGCAAGUCAGUUUCAUGAUUUUUAAUAUGAGAUCUCGUUUCUGUAAGUCUUCAGUCCCAGCUUUUUUCCUCCUGUUAAAUGGAGUAGCAAAUUACUUAAACUAUGAAUUGUGGAGCCAUGUAUGACUUCCAUUCUUUUCAUCCCUUUUUUUUAAUAUGUGAAGCUUAUCAGUAUUACUGUUUCCAGCUAGUGUAUAUGCUGGUAGCUGUGAUAAUCUUCUGUUUCUAACAUAAGAAAUACUGGAAGGGUUAGAAAUAUGUACUCUGAAAUACAACAAUAUAGCUGUGUGAAAAAAUCCUUAUCAAAGAGCUAUUAUGGUUUACAUUAAAUACUUUUUAGUAGUAUCUCUAAAAAUACAUACUCUUAAUUGCAAACUCUUUGCCUCUCUUCCUUCCAGAUUGAUUUUCUUUUAGAAGAACAUUUACUAGCCCUGUCAGAGAGCCCUGCAUUCUUUCCCUUACACAAGUAAUUUUGCUUAAUAUUUUUUCUUUGCAACACUUGCAUUUCACACAAACUUCAUUUGUUUUGAUCAGCCUUGAUUUCUGAGUUUCUGUAGAAUUUGCAUCUUUACUCUGAUUACUUGCAAUACAGUGGACAUAAAGCCCUGUUAGGCAGCAAUAAUACAAGCAGCAGUACCUGGCACUGCUUAAAUAAUAUGCCUUUUUUGCACAUAUUUUUAAUGGUAUAAUGAGUAUAUUAAUCACCAGGAAGGCCAGGCAUUCCAAAUAACUUUCUUAACAUGUCUUAAUGUUUCUAUGUUAUUUGUUGCUAAUUUUAGCCAGCUUUUGAUACUUAUAUUUAGUUCUUUCUGACAGUGUCUGCUCUUGCAGAUCAAAGCAAAUGAAUUGGCUUAUUCGCUUUUUAGAAAAAGUAUUAAUUCACACUGCCUAUUGAUUAAAAGAGUUUAAAAAUGAAAUCUUUAUGAAAUGGUGAAAGAGAUAGUUUUAAUGAGGGCAGCUCAUACAGGAAAACAGCAGGCUUAUAUCCAUGUGGCUUUUGAGAUAUUCUUUUUAUGGAUUUUGAAUAGAAAGGACUGUGCAGAGGAACCGUGACCUCAAACAUCAGUAACAUGGUAAAACUAUUCCAAAGGAGAAUAUUGUAAUACACCACCUCUAUGUUUCAGGUUCACAUUAGGGCUUUUAAAUGGUUAAAAUUACAGAAUAUCUUCACAAACAAACUGCCCAGCAAGUUUCCAAAUCCAUUGGCUCCAUUUACUUGUAAAUACACUCCUGUCUUGGGGGUUAAUCUUCUGCUAUGCUGAAGUAGCAAAGUGACUGUUCCUGAAGUUACCUGCAUUGUUUAAUGCUUCCAAAUCUUUGCCAAGUAGCUUCUGAAACUAGAAAAAAAAAAAAAAAAAAAAAAAAAAGCCGAAUUUCCACUCUUUUCUGUUUCUCCUCCUUUCCCCCCACCCCUGUUUUGUAGGCCUUUUGUUCUCUUUCAUUAUUGCUGCUGUUUGUGGCUCUGCCUUGCCUGGCUUCUCCAGAUGACAGCUUUCUACACUUCACUUUUUCUUCCUUGCUUUUUGUUCUGCUUUAUGUUUCUGUCUGUGUUUCUAUUUGGAUAUGCACCCUACUGUGUCCCAGCUGAUAGCAAGAAUUACAAUCUUCCCCCUCCCUGCCUCUCCUCUAAGCUCUGCUGUAUUGUCUGAGUCGAUGAGGUUCCCUGUGCUUUGUGUCACUGCAGUCCAUCCUUCCUGCUUCUUUCCCACUUCAGUAUCUUUUAAUCCUUUCAGCUUUAAUUUUGGCUCCCAUUUUCGCUGAACCUUUGUGGAAUUCCUAUCUUUUCCUUCUCAAGAACUUCUCUCAGAUGUUCAUCCCAGAGAGCACAUGCUUGUAGUUUGAGAUGUGGAUGGGUAUUAUGCUCCCUGGAAGAAUAAAACCCAGCAUUCCCUCUCUCACCAGUGUAUAUGUUGGUUUUGCUGUUGGUCUGUAGUAAUAUUAUGUAUUUAACUGGCAAAGAUGGUUAUCUGUUAUCUCACAUAUAUCUUCCUCUGCCUCCUUUUGGGUUACAGGCUGAGAGAUGGUGUUCCCAUGAAUUUCCUGGAGCACAGCAAGGGCUGGCUUGCUUUGCCAACCCUGCAGUCUGGCAGGUACAGAAUUGCAGCAGGGGUAGAGCACCUUGCCAGACCACUGGGCUGCAUUUGUAUUUCAGUAUGGGAAAUGCUGAGACCCAUGCUGAGACACAGCCUUUCGAGAAAUUGUUACAACCCAAAGAUGAACAAUAGGUGGAGUAAAGAGAAUUCUUUGUUAAUAGAGGGUCAGGAGCCAUUUGACUUGACAGGUUUAUGGAAUGGGUCUGUAUGAAACCUUUACUAGAGGGUGGGGAAAAUGGCUUGGAUUCAAGUUCCAUAAAAUACAAAUUUAAGCAAAGUCACCAUACAUAUUUGGCAGAAUCAUCAUGCUGGAGGAGCUUGGAGAAUGUAAUGGGAGUAAGAUCAUUGAAAAGCCCAGUGGUAUCUUGGAAGAGUACAGCCUGUCUUAGGGAGUGUAAGUGAGAGAGAUGCGGAGGGAAGGGAGCACAGGACUAAAGAGGACAAGGAAAAGCAGGGAGAAAGUCAGUGUUACCAGUGUGUAUGGUUUUACACAUUGUUGAUUUUGUUUUGGUUAAGUCUUGACACUUUGAUUUAUGAUGGCAACUAUUUUAUUUUGUUAGUUGCAUUCAGAGACUUUAAACCAUGAGUCUAAAUUGAUGCAGCACGAGCAACAUGCAAAAUUAUCACCAUCUCUGCCUAUAAUUUAAGACUGAUCUGACUUGCAGCAACAUCCCACCUGAGAUGCAUGGAAAAGAUGUUGCUUUAGGAGUCAAGAUGCCUCUGUGAGUGCUCCAGAUGAUUGGGGGUCAUUUGCUAAUGGUGUUCCUCCCUAGCACAGCACUGAGCUAGGAGACAAGGGAAAAGAAUUAUUUUGUAGAGUCUGUCUCUUGCAUUUAUACUGUUGAAAUGUAAUUUGCUAGAAUGCCUGAAUGAGCUGUAAUUUUAUAAUGUUUAAAGAAGAUGAAUGGAGCUGGUGUAGUAUUCCUGAGGGUAAACGCCAAUGACUGGAGUUUACUGAACAUGUGACUAGAAAUUUUAAUUUUAGGAACAGAGAGUUCCUCCAUUUCAUAUACACACCAGGCCUUUGAGUACAGAUCCUUUUUUUUCAUUUGUCACUGACAGGCUGUGAUUUAUUUCCUCAUGGGUGUAAAGUCAUGGGUUGUGCUUGCUGCAGUGCAGAAGGCUCUGGAGGGAAAACAUAAUCAAAUGGAGAAGUAUACUUGAAUUAUCCUCUCUUGAUCCCAGUCUGAGUUGUUUUUCUCUGAUUGUCAUUCUGUCAAAAAACUGGGUUGAUGUUAAAAGGUGAUUAACUAAUUUUCAUCCUCUUCCAUGUGGCUGAGGAAAAAUAAAUACAAGAAGUUUACAGAGGAAUAGCAGAUUGGAAGAGGGUGGGGAAAUGGAUCAUCUGGCAGAGUGCUUUAGGAAACUUCCACUUUUUUUGUUUUACCUACCAGUUGUUUUAACAAAUAUGUACAGCAUCUGUGAUUUAUCUUUCCAUUAAACUUUGGUAAGUUUCUUUGCAGAAGGUGGUUUUAAAGAAUACCACCCUAGUGCAUUGCAAGUGUGGGUUUAGGAGGCAUCAGGAAUUGCCCUUCCUCACCUAACUGAAAUUAACUUGGUGUAUAUAUGAAGCAGCACUAGCAAUAUUGCUUCAUCCUAGAUUGGAGGAAUAUUUUGAGAGGUGAGAGUUGGAAUAGGAGAAUUUUCCUUUUUAAGAGCAAAGGAUGGAAGCUAGCUUAUUUACAGUGCAUCUGUGGCUGUUCCAGCACAGGUCUCUUAAUCCAGGUACAGACAGACAAAUAUAGAUUUUGCUGGCAUUACCCAUGAAAACAAAAGAGGAAUAAAUGGUAAUUAAACCAAGCCAAAAUAAUAUUUCGGGGCUAAUUAGUGCUGCAGCUCUUGGUAAGUAUAUGAAAGGCUAGAAAAUAAAAACUAGACUUGAUAUGUGUCUUGUGAAGAUUCACAGAGCAUAUGUUGCUACCCUGUGGUUAAUGUGGAACAUUGUUUAUUCAGCAUUGCAGGGCCAAAUUCUACCCUCAUUUAAGGCCAUGCAGUUCAACAGACAUUAUCAGUUCAGCUUUAUGUUACAGAAUAAUUUCAUCCACAGUGGAUUUGGAAAGCAACUGCAGGACUAAAGUCAGUCUUCUCAAUGCACCUGUUACUCACAGGUUACUCAUUGAUUUUCACCAUAAUUUUUAUUCCCAUUGCUAGCAUGAGAGUUCUUUGGAUAGAUUUAAGCUAAUUACAACCAAGGUAGAACUGAAUUUUUUUUAACUGCUUAUGACUGCUGGGUCAGCAAAUGCUUAAUUUUUGACCAGGGGGUUAUUCCACUCCAUGUGAAGGUUCUCAGCAGUCAUCAGUAUGCUCUAACCCCUACCUUUAACAUACAUGGCUACACAGCCCUCUCCCUCUGCCUUUGCACAUUCUAUAUUUGUGAAAACAGAGAACAUGCCUUCUCCUAAUUUUGUUUCAGGUGACCUUGACUUUAAGCAGGUUUCUUUGUAUACAGUAACAGGGCUCAAGUGAAGAAUGAAAUAAAUCCAUAAUUGGUGCAUUGUCAAAAAUGUGGAAAAGUGUUAUUUGUAUAUUUUUGUAAAUAUGUAACAUUUAAUGGCAGUUUUGUAGUGACGUGCUGUUUUUGAGAAAAGGAGACAAAUAUAUGUUUGAAUAUGCUUGACGUAACACUUAACUGUGAUCCAAUUGCACAAGUAAUAGCUUAAUCAAAAACCCUUGUGCAAUAUGUAGUGCACACACAUAACCAAGUAUCUGUUAGCAAUCCACAAGCAAAUUUUUGGCAAAUUUUAACAAUGGUGAUGAACUGUGCAGUACAGAUUAUCACGGUCUCUUUCAGCUUCCAAACAUGUAGCAGGCAAACUACUGUAUACGUACCUGUGUACUCCACUGCAUCCAAAGGUAUGCAUUUGUCCUGAGAACCUGCACUCCAGGUUUUUCUUUAAUAAAAUUUGGUUCUAAACUA